GAUGUCAUACUUCUCUGUUUUUGUGCAAGAUAAUAAUUAAACCUUCUUGUUUUAAUAAUAAUCUGGAAUCGUCUUCCAUAAACUAUUGACAUAUUGACAAAAUAUGUUUAUUGCAGAAUUUCAAAGAGCACUUAUAAUAAUAUUGGUGGAAUUUCAUGUAAUGAUUUAAGUUAAAAUGCAAGAACACAAUCUAAAAAUUGAAUUCAAUUGAAAAUGCACGAAGAAUUUUUUAGCGCUAAAAACGUUGUUAAAUCAUAAUUAUAUCGUAAAACUCCGGAGAAAUGACUUUUGAUAAACACGAAUAUCAAAAAGCAAAAACUUACACACACGAAUUGCAAGUGAACCAUAAGAAAUACUUGGACACCUUGAAAUACGAUUUUUUAAAUAGAUGUUCUAAUCCUCCCAUAUGUACGAAGUCACCUGAAGAUUUCGAUAAGGUCCAAACACUCGCUAGUGGGUCUUUUGGGACUGUGUUUUUGGUUCGAGAUACAUGUACAUUCGAAUACCAUGCGAUGAAAGCCAUAGAAAAAGCUGAAGUGGUCAGAAAACGGAGUACAAAGCAAUUACACUUAGAAAAGAAGAUUUUGCAAUCUAUACAGUUCCCUUUUGUAAUGUCAGUUGAUUUUUGUUGCAAAGACAACUUAUAUGUUUACUUUAUUUUGCCUUAUGAAGCUGGCGGGGAACUGUACAGUUUGAUUAAGAAGUUAGGACCAUUUUCUGAAAUACUGAUGCAGUUUUAUAGUGCUCAAAUAGUGUUAGCAUUAGAGUAUCUUCAUAAUUGCUCGAUUAUUCAUCGAGACCUGAAGCCCGAAAAUAUAUUACUUAACGAGUCAGGAUAUUUAAAAUUAGGUGAUUUUGGAUUCAGUAAAAUAUUAAAAGCCCGAACAUGGACGCUAUGUGGGACACCUGAAUAUUUAGCUCCUGAAAUUAUUCUGUCUAAAGGCUACACAUUUUCAGUUGAUUGGUGGGCGCUGGGAGUGUUGAUUUAUGAAAUGAGUGCUGCGUAUCCUCCCUUUUAUAACUCCAAUCCAAUAAAGUUGUAUGAAAAAGUGCUCGGAGGUCAGUUCAAAACCCCUGAAUGUAUGACGCCCGUUUGUAAAUCAUUGGUGAAAAAUUUAUUAGAAGUGGAUCCGACGAAGCGUUAUGGUUCUUUGAAAGCGGGAGUAUAUGACAUCAAAAGUCAUCAGUGGUUCCGAGAUAUAAACUGGCAAUCAAUAUUGUGGCAAAAAAUCAUUCCUCCAUAUAUACCAGUUUGCAGGAGUUCAGGAGACACCGCGAAUUUUGCGUAUGUUAGUGACACUAAGUUAAAGAGAUGUUCAACAUGUCUGUAUGAGCAAGAGUUUGAAAACUUUUAGUUUAAUAACAAAAAAGGAAGCACUUUUAGUUUUAUGUAGAAUUAUUUGAAAUAUAAUUGUGAUUAUUACUGAAUAAUAAAAUAAGCAUUUCAUAAUUUUGACCUGUGAAUUAGUUAAUAUAAAUUAUUUGUUAAGAGGAAUAUUAUCGUGUUAGAAGGUAUAACAUUUAUUAUGGAAUAUAUAUACCUUAAAUUUUAUUCUAU